CACAGCGUGCACUGUCUGUCAAAUUCGCCUGCUCCAUGCAAAAGCAUAACAUAAACAAACCUGUGUCAGACGACCAGAAGCUCAGUUUUGUACAUUGGUCGAAAACAAAACGUUUUAUCGCAACAAUAUGUUAUCGAAUCUGCUUCAGGGACGAUGCAUACGAUUAAACUGGAAAUCGGUAGUGUUUCUAAUGAUGUCACUAAUUCUGUCACACAUACGUAUCACUCAGUCAUCCGUUAAUUCCAACAAUCCGGAAGUGACUCCCACCAAGCUGGAAAAAAUCAGCUCCGACACAGACCGCUCGGCAGUAACUAUCAACUCUAAUUCCAAAUCAUCCUCCGAUACGAGCCACUGCCCUAACGACACACUCUGUACGGAUCUGCCCAACUCGUGCCUGCAGUGCACAUACAAUCCGCAGUGUGUGUACGGUGCGGAGAUAAACGUGACCUGCCUGCCGAAAACGAAUGUCAACUGUCACGUGGACAAGCUGAAGACGGCCAACCAAAAUGAAAUCAAGCGAUCCAUGAUCUGCCGGUACUGCUACCAAACGGAACGCUGGGAGCAUAACUGCGAGCAGAAGGGAGGUUGCAACUCGAUCGAUUCGCAGUAUAAAACCAACUGUACCGUACAUUCGGAGCUACUAUGCAUGGGCCACCGUACAUUCAUGAAGAAGAUUCCAUGCAACUGGACGCAAGGUUAUCGGUGGGUAACGACAUUGAUCGUAAGCAUCACGUUGGGCGGUUUUGGUGCGGAUCGGUUCUUUCUCGGUCACUGGCAGGAAGGUAUCGGAAAGCUGUUCAGUUUUGGUGGGCUGGGCGUUUGGACACUGAUCGAUGUAUUGCUCAUCUCGCUACACUACCUCGGUCCGGCCGAUGGAUCGCUGUACAUCUAAGACAAACCCCUAUAAAUAGUAAGAACAACAUUGUGAUACGUGACACGUGAGAACUAGCCACUAAAUAUAAAAAAAAAAAACUGAAAACCUGCCACACCUAUUGUGAUAUAUUGAAGUUCCGUUCGUAAUGAUGUUCCGGAAUUAAACUUUUUCGAUUUUUUUAUUGCUUUUUUCUGUUUUACAAGUUUCGACAAUGUUUCCGGUGUAGCACUCUCGUGGUUGUUCGCAGCUUUACACACGUUCCAAAGAAACGCAAUCGUCAUCUUGCCAUUUUACAACGGUGCAGCAUCAUUUAGAUGUUUAAUGACAUGUUUUAAUGUGGAUGUUGUUUUCAUCCACAAUCGCCGAGGGGUUCCGUAGUUCUCUCGUAGCCUUCGUGUAUUUCUCUCGAAUCAUUCCUUGAUGUUGUAUGUAUGUUGUUGUACGAUCGAUCAUCGACAUCUUCAUCGCAUUAUCUUGCUUAGUUUGUUGCAUGUUGCUUCACAACAUGAUUCACAAUGAUUUCUGCCGCCUUGUUUUUGUCACCCCGUUUUGUAUAUCUUUUUUUUUUCUUUUCUUUUUGUGUUUUCAUUUGCUCCUUAAGUCCACCGCAGUUCUACAGGUGGUUUUACUUGUUGUUGCUGUUUUCUAAGUGGCGUUCACACACUACAUUGCAUAUUAUUAUUAGUUAUUCAUAGUAUUUGCUUCUUCAAUCCUCUUUUCUUGCACACUUUCUUCGCGUACAGGCAAACUGGUUCCAUUUUUCAAUGAUUCACAUUUUGCUUAGCCUUCCAUAUAUGUAACGUCUACCGCGCAUCUCGCAUUCUUAUCUGCUUUUGUUUCAUACUCUUCUUCAUGUAUUUCACGCAUAUUAUUUCUAGUGUACUAUAGUGUGUUUGCUUGGUUUCGUUAUUUAGGUGAAUUUUUUUUUGUUUGUUUUCAUCAUUAUGAUAUAUUAUUUGCAUUUGGUUUUGCAUGCUUUCCUUCUCUUUCUCCAACCUCUCCCACUUGGUUUUGUUUUGAAUGUAUUAAAUUUUCAUUUCUUGUUUUUUUUU